UAAAGUGACGCUACGCACCUCGGCGCACGAAGUCCGAACUGGCAGACGGCGGAGCACGCGCUGGUGCCCCGGACUAACUGGGGAAUUCCCUGGAAAACUGCGUCAUGUCCCAGUGCCACAGGCUGACAUCCCUUACCUGGAGUGGCUGAGACCCUGAGAUGUUCAGAGUGGGUUUUGUCUCACAGACCCGCACAGCCUGCAUGUCAGCCAACCUCGGAGCCCUCCUGAGAACAGGCCAUUAUGCCCAAGAUAAUCCUGAGUGGGGUGACCGUGGAUUUCCCUUUCCAGCCAUACAAAUGCCAGGAGGAGUACAUGGCCAAAGUCCUGGAGUGUCUGCAGAAGGUAAAGCUUGUACCUGGGGGAUGGGUCAACGUGGGCAGAACUUCAGCAAAGACCCGACAUAGUCCACGGCCUAUUCACUGUGGCCAGUCCUACUGCGUGAAAGGCACCUUCCGGACAUGGGGCUGCUACAAGCUGUGCCCAUACUACCUGUCCCGGAAUCUGAAGCAGCAGGCUGACAUCAUCUUCAUGCCCUACAACUACUUGCUGGAUGCCAAGAGUCGCCGGGCACACGGCAUCGACCUGAAGGGGACGGUGGUGAUCUUCGAUGAAGCUCACAAUGUGGAGAAGAUGUGCGAGGAGUCGGCGUCCUUUGAUCUGAAAAAGAGCCUGGAGCAGGACCUGGCCACCCCCAUCCUGGACAUCGAGGACCUGGUCAAGAGUGGGAACAGGCACAAGCUGUGCCCAUACUACCUGUCCCGGAAUCUGAAGCAGCAGGCUGACAUCAUCUUCAUGCCCUACAACUACUUGCUGGAUGCCAAGAGUCGCCGGGCACACGGCAUCGACCUGAAGGGGACGGUGGUGAUCCUCGAUGAAGCUCACAAUGUGGAGAAGAUGUGCGAGGAGUCGGCGUCCUUUGAUCUGACGCCCCGCGAUGUGGCCUCUGGAUUGGACGUCCUUGACCAGAUCCUGGAGGAACAGCAGGGGGAGCUCCGCCUGGAGUUCAGCGCAGACGCCAACUCAGGGCUGAACAUGGAGCUGGAGGACAUUGCGAAGCUGAAGAUGAUCCUGCUUCGCCUGGAGGGCGCCGUCGAUGCCGUGGAGCUGCCCGGAGGUGACGGAGGUGUCACCAAGCCGGGGAGCUACAUCUUCGAGCCGUUUGCCGAGGCCCAGAUCACAGGUCAGACCAAGGGCUGCAUCUUGGAGUCCCUGGACCAGAUCAUCCAGCACCUGGCAGGACGCGCAGGGCUGUUCACCAACACGGCGGGACUGCAGACGCUCGCGGACGUCAUCCAGAUGGUGUUCAGUACAGACCCUGCCGAGGGCAGCUCCUCAGUGGGGCCCGAAGCCUCUCAGUCCUACAAGGUACACAUCCACCCUGACACCAGCCACCGGGGGACAGCUCAUCGGUCAGAUGCUUGGAGCUCCACGGCGUCUGGAAGGCGAGGGAAGGUGCUCAGUUACUGGUGCUUCAGCCCUGGCUGCUGCAUGCGCGAGCUGGUCCGCCAGGGCGUGCGCACGCUCCUCCUCACCAGCGGCACGCUGGCCCCGGUGUCCUCCUUCGCCCUGGAGAUGCAGAUCCCCUUCCCAGUCUGCUUGGAGAACCCACACGUCAUUGACAAGCACCAGAUCUGGGUGGGGAUUGUCCCCAGAGGCCCUGAUGGAGCCCAGCUGAGCUCCGCCUUUGACAAACGGUUCUCUGACGAGUGCUUGUCCUCUCUGGGGAAGGCGCUAGUCAACAUCACGCGCGUGGUCCCCCACGGGCUCCUGGUCUUCUUCCCCUCCUACCCCGUCCUGGAGAAAAGCCUGGAGUUCUGGCGGGCCCGGGACUGUGCCAGGAAGCUCGAGGCCCUGAAGCCUUUGUUUGUGGAGCCGAGGAGCAAGGGCAGCUUCUCAGAGGUGAUGGGUGCUUACUACGCAACUGUCGCCUCCCCGGGAUCCCGAGGGGCCGCCUUCCUGGCUGUGUGCCGGGGGAAGGCCAGCGAGGGGCUGGACUUCGCAGAUGUGAAUGGCCGAGGGGUGGUUGUCACGGGUCUCCCGUACCCCCCACGCAAGGACCCCCGGGUCAUCCUCAAGAUGCAGUUCCUAGAUGAGAUGAAGGGUCGGAGUGGGGCCUCGGGCCAGUUCCUUUCUGGGCAAGACUGGUACCGGCAGCAGGCGUCCAGGGCUGUGAACCAGGCCAUCGGGAGGGUCAUCCGGCAUCGCCACGACUAUGGGGCCGUCUUCCUCUGUGACCACAGGUUCACCAGUGCGGACACCAGAGCCCAGCUGCCAGUCCCCAAGAUGACCCUGUCCCAGAGUGCGGCCAGGCAGCUGGACACUGGAGGGCACCUGAACCAGGGCCAGCCUCACCUGGCCUCCAGGCCACCACCGGAAGGAGACAGUGGCCUCUGUCCACAAGAGGGGUGUGGCGCCCCUCAAGCGGAGAAGCCGAGCCAGCCUGCUGUGAGCACCUACCUGGCAGAUGCCCGCAGGGCCCUGGGGGCUGCAGGCUGCAGUCAGCUCCUGGCAGCACUGACCACGUACAAGCGGGAUGAUGACUUUGAGAAGGUGGUGGCUGUGGUGGCAGCACUGACCACCUUGAGGCCUGAGGACUUGCCGGCUGCGCUGCUGCAGAGGUUCAGCAUGUUCGUGCGCCCACACCACAAGCUGCGCUUCUGGAAGACGUGGGCAGACCUGACCAGCCGGCCCACCCCGGACACAGGCCCCUCCGAGCCAGAGAGACUAGGGAGGACCCAGAGCAAGAUCUCCUCCUUCCUCAGGCCACGGCUGGACCCCCGUGACCCCACGGAAUCGAAGCCUGAGGACUUGCCGCUGCUGCAGAGGUUCAGCAUGUUCAUGCGCCCACACCACAAGCUGCGCUUCUGGCAGACGUGGGCAGACCUGACCGGCCGGCCCACCCCAGACACAGGCCCCUCCGAGCCAGAGAGACUAGGGAGGACCCAGAGCAAGAUCUCCUCCUUCCUCAGGCCAGGGCUGGACCCCUGUGACCCCACGGACAGACAGUCUGAGUGGACCCCCAGGAGGACACUGCGUGCUGGACCUGGGGUGCCUCCGCCAGGAAGCAGAGCCACGCGCCACUCUUCUGAGAGGCCUGGGCACGGCAGGGCCUCCAAGGCUGAGGCCACCCUCCCUGGAUGCAGCGUGGACACUUGUCUGCUGGCUCAGGGUAAAGGGAAAAAAGGAAAAGGCCGGGCCAAGUCUCGCGGGAAGAAGCAGAAGAAGCAGGAAGUGGACAUCCUCAGCCCAGCGGCGAUGCUGAACCUCUACUACAUCGCCCACAACGCGGCCGACUGCCUGCACCUGCGGGGCUUCCGCUGGCCAGGGGACCCCAAGCAUCUGGAGCGCUUCAUCUUUACUCGAAUUCCAACCCCCAUCACCAUUCCUACCCACCCACCCUCUCUGGACCUCGCCUUCAGCAGGUUCUUCCUGUGUCCAGUCCCCCAGCCCUACAAGGCUCCCAGGGGGCAUUGCACCACAGUGACCAUCCUGAUCCGGCAGCUCCGUGUCUCCAGCCUGUGGAGCUGA